AUGUACAAUUAUAUGAAUAUAAUUUGCACAUCAAUACUGGUGGUGACCUCACUUGGGUCAAUACAGAUACUUGUGUGGUUAUCAAAGCCUCAAGAAGGCCUAUACAAGCCACCAAAAAAUAGCAGUGUGCAAUGUCAGGAUUCUUUAUGUGUUGCUAUCCAAAGAAAGGAACAUAAUUGUGCAAACCCAACUGAUCGAUGCGAGUAUGUUUUGCAAUAUGAUGAUAAUAGUUCCACUCAUGGUUAUCUAGUUAGAGACCAUUUUCAUCUACGACUUUUCAAUGGCUCUAUCAUUCAUUCACCUUUGGUAUUCGGGUGUGGAUACAAACAAACGGAAGAUUUUGAUGGGGUUGGAAUUGUUGGUCUAAGUAGGGGUCCGAUUGACUUCUUGUCACAAAUGCAUUCACAGGGUUUAAUACAACAAGUGGUUGGCCACUGUUUAAGUAGUAGAGGAGGUGGUUUUUUGUUUCUUGGAGAUGAUCUUGUGUCUCUUUUAGGAGUUUCUUGGACGCCUAUGACAAACAAUUAUGGAAAUGGCUACUUAUCAGGACCAGUGGAGCUCUUGCUUGGUGGAAGUUCAACUCAAAACUUAACCUUGAGCUUCACAGAUGUACCAAACGUUGAGCUAAAUUUACCACUCCAAGCUUAUCUCAUACUUGUAAGAGUAAAUAGGUGCUUGUCGAUUUACGGUGCUGAUCAAGCAGAGCUAGAAUAUCCAGAUGUAAUAGGAGGAACUGCCAUAUGCCGCAUGGCAUUAACCAUUCUCAGAACAAACUGA